GAUUGAAUCCAGCGCCUCAUUCCUUCAUCGCAAGCCCUAGGGUUUCGUCUUCUCUUCAAACGGGCAAAACCCUAGAGACGUCCACACCAGAGAUUCAGCGAAAAUGUCGAUGUCGAAGAGUUCGAAGAUGCUACAGUACAUCAAUUAUCGGAUGAGAGUCACGAUCCAGGAUGGCCGUCAGCUGAUCGGCAAGUUCAUGGCCUUUGACCGCCACAUGAAUCUCGUUCUCGGCGACUGUGAAGAGUUCCGGAAGCUCCCGCCGACGAAGGGAUCCAAGGAAGAGCGCGAAGACCGCCGAACGCUUGGCCUCAUCCUCCUCCGCGGCGAAGAGGUCGUAUCCAUGGCCGUUGAGGGCCCACCUCCUCCUGACGAGUCCCGCCUGAAGGCUACUUCUGCUGCGAAUGCUGUUCCCGGACCAGGGAUGGGUCGCGCCGCCGGAAGGGGUGUUCCUACAGGGCCAUUGGUUCAAGCUCAGCCCGGACUUGCCGGGCCUGUUCGUGGCCUUGGUGGGCCUGCUGCGGGGAUGAUGCAGCCCCACUUAGCGAGGCCUCCUAUGCCUCAGGUGUCUGCUCCGCCCAUCAAUUACCCUCAACAGCCGCCCAUGAUGAGACCUCCACCUGGGCAACAAAUGCCUCCACCACCGCAACCCAUGAUGGCUAGACCUGGAGGGCCACCUAUGCCACCACCACCACAGUUCCGACCAGGUCUUCCUCCACCAGGGCAGUUCCCACCCCAGUUUGGUCAGAGGCCAAUGAUGCCUCCACCUCAGAUGAUGAGGGGUCCACCACCACCCGGAGCUCCCCUUCGCCCUGGUAUGCCCCCUGGUCAACCUCCUCGCCCUGGAAUGCCCCCUCCGGGAGGCCAGGUUCCCAUGUAUGGCCCACCUCGUCCCGGAAUGCAGCCUCAUCAGAAUCAGCAGCAGUAGACUCAGGUAUAGAAUGUGAAUUAAGAAUUUCAAGUGAAGGGUUGAUAGCACCCAUUGCACAGAUUGGGAAGGGAAUACUGCUAGUUCGUGAUGCUUUAAUCGUCUGGUUUUGACUUUCAUCUAUCGCAGCUCAUGAACUUCGUAGCAUUUAUGAGCCGUGGAAGAUUGUUCACUUGUUAUUCUUUGAGAACAGAUCAUUGUUUUUACGAUUUGAUCUUUGCUUUCAUACUAAAUUUCAAAGCUGCUUAAUCCCAUUAGCUGCUAGUGCUGAAAACAUAAAUAUACUCAUGGCUU